AUGUUACGCACAGCAAUAGGUCCUUAUGGGUCAAAGAUUUUCACCAGAUCUUUUCGAACAUUUGGUGCGGCCUAUCAAACUAUUGGUCCCAGGCCUAUAGAUGCUCUAUCUGAGAACAGCCAGAAAUUGGCCGGGAUCAUUAAGAACCUUAUACAGGCUACAGGGCCGAUCACCAUAUCCAAUUAUAUGAAACAAUGUUUGAUCAAUCCUCAGUAUGGCUACUAUACUACGAGGGAUCCAUUAAGUGUCAAGACUGGUGAUUUCGUCACUUCCCCUGAGAUCAGUUCUACCUUUGGUGAGAUGUGUGGAAUGUGGUUCUUCAGUUGUUUCAUUGGUCAGUUAAAGUAUCAGGCCACCUAUAACCGAGAAAAGUUCAAGAUCGACGAUAAAACUUUCAGAUUCAUAGAGUAUGGACCAGGUAGAGGAACUAUGAUGUACGAUAUGUUGCGAGUCUUGAACAGACUUGUCUCUGGAAACAAUCCAAUUGAGGUUGUUUUCGUAGAGAAGUCGGACAUCUUGAUUCAGGAGCAGUUUAAGGCUGUCUGUGAUAGUUCCAAAGCCAGUCUUGACCGAAUCGAUGAUUUUACUUAUAGAUCACAAACCAAAUGGGGUAAUCGUGUGUUGUGGCUCAAGGAUGAUAAGCCUGUUUUUGGGACUGAUGGCAACUAUAUGAACUUUGUCAUUGCACAUGAGUUCUUCGAUGCCUUACCGAUCGAACGAUUUGUUAAGACCGACAACGGCUGGAGAGAGUUUGUGGUUGAUUUGAAGAAAAAGUACAGGAAAGACAGUGACCUAAGCAAUGUGAGUCACGCCACCACCAGCUCGAUUGAAAUGAAAGAUGACUGCCCUCAAUUUGUCAUCGUGGAAUCUUCUUGCGCUUCUCCAAGUUCAUCCAUUCCUAAGAUAGAUCCUAGGUUUGAUAAUCUCGUUGUCGGCUCUAAAGUGGAAAUCUGUCCUGAAGCACACAGUUAUCUGUACGAAAUGGCCGAUGUAGUGAAGCAGGGAGAUAUAGGAGCAGGGCUUAUCAUUGAUUAUGGUAAAAUGACCACACCCAUAGAAACAUUACGUGGCAUUAGACAUCACAAGUUUGUAGAUCCUCUGACAAGACCAGGUGAAGUGGAUCUUUCAGCAGAUGUUGAUUUCGGUAAAUUGAUCUCACUUCUAAGGGACCAGAAGGAUAUGAAGUCUUUAAUAGCUGAACAAGGUGACUGGCUCGAUAAUAUGGGUUUGGGUUAUAGAAUAGAUCAGUUGAUAGCGAUGCAUGAUAAGGAUUUGCAGCUCAAAAAGAACAUCAUUUCGUCCUACAAUAGGCUUACCAGUAAGAAGUUUAGAGAUAUGGGAAAAGUCUAUAAAGUUCUGGGCUUCUAUGACCAGAAGUAUACAAAAAUCAAGGUUCCUGGAUUUGAAAGGCCAAAUAGUAUCCACAAAACCUCUAAAUGA